CUGCUGACAAAAUGACGCGACCCAAGCAGCUCCAGCAACAGCACAAGAUCGAACCUCGCCGACAAUUGCAGCUGCAGUUGCUGCUGCUGCUGCUGUUUGUGUUGCUGCAACUGUUGCCCGCAGUUGAAGCACGGCCGCAGCAACAGUUGCUGCUGGAGGCGGUGCAAUCGGAGACAAUAGCAACAGCAGCAGGCGCAACAACAGGAGCAGCAACAGCGCCAGCUCUCAACGAUCCUUCGGAUCUCAGCGCUGGCCUCAAUCUGUUGCCCGUGAGCAAUUGGAUUGCGGCUGCCGCCAAUGCUGAGCCGCCGGCGCCCGCUCAAUUCGUGCGCAUCGCCAUGAACAGCGGACUGUGAGACGCCGCCGCCGGCCGACAGAUGGCGCCAGCUGCACUAUCAAAUACUCAACUUGUGUUUAAAUUAACCUAAUGUCCCUUUAUUUUUUUUUUU